CAAUACUAAAGUGUCGUUGUAAUAAGUGAGGUAUAAGUGGCACUGUGUUUAAUUGGUCUACGAGAUAGUCCAUGUGGCUUGGUUGUCUUACUCAAAAGUUAAAAUCCACAUUCCCCUCACUUUGCCAGAAAGGGAGAAAUAGAUACAUAGAAAGAGAGAUAGAGAGAGCAUGUAACGUCUUGUUAACAUUAUUGGUGUCAAAGACCUUGAGCACAUUACCAAGAAACUUGCAGUCUCUACUUGGCGAUGAUGAAAAAGUAUCGAGGAAGGUGGGAGAGGUGUUCAGAAUCUCGUCAACUGAGUCUACAAUGAUGAAGUUCCUCCAUUCCUUUGUGGACAAAUCCCACGCAGCGAGUCAGUCCGAAGAAGGUGUCAUCCUGACAUCCAAGAUCUACGAGGACCAAUUAAAUGCAGCGGCACUGCUGACACACGUUUAAAAGUGACGCCAUGGUAUUGGCCAAAUCAACACAUUUAAACCGCGGGAUCUACCCAACUGUCUCUUAACCCACUCAACCUCGUUCGCUCAUUUACGUCAAUAAAACGAUCGAUCAUCUCAAAAUAACCAUUUUAUCUUAGUAAAAUAAUUUAUGUAACGACAACCAGAUAAAGCCUUCUUCUUAUCAUUCUAUUCACAACAGAUUUUUGUAAUUUCUUGAAUCAAAACCUGGGUUUGCCCAAUCCCCACCUACCCAACUCGAGUUGCUCGAGCAAAGUAACCAACCACCACAGCCAGCCCAGUCAAUCCACCAAGAACCUCACCUGAUAUACUUCCCUAAAACAGGGGGUAUUCUUGUUUAUUUUGUUGAUUAAUUUGACUUGUGUAGUUGUGUUUCCCUUUAUUCUCAGUAUUGCAUUUAUUAAUCUUCCUUUCUGUUCUCUCCGGCUGCAUUAAACUCACUACUAAAACUCUUCCACCACAAAACCAAAAGGAAAAAGAAAGUCACUUUACCAUACAACCUCACUCUCUACCCUACUCUGUCUCCAUCAAUCACCAUCUCCAUUUGUUUCAGCAGCUCUUAUCAUUCAUUCACCCAUUCAAUCACAGCCCUCUGAUCAAACCCUUUUUCUCUCCUCCUCUUAAACAAACAAACAAACAAACAAAAAUUAGGGGCAAUUGGUUCCAAAUCCUUAGUUAUCCACUUGUAAAACAUUUCAUGUGGAACCUGAACUGAAUUGCCUGGCUUCAUCUUUUAGUUCCUCAUUUUCCCCGUUCCAUGCAAUUGAAGUGACACGAGUCCCUAGAUUCUCAGACAGACCCCACCUCAGUAACCUUCGUCAUGAAACUGCCCGCCUAGGGCUUACCUGCCUCCUUCCCUUCUUUCUUUCUUUCUUUCUGCUGCCUGCUCUGCUCUAUUGUAUCUUUUGAGCUUUUGGGUCUCUGUGUCACAACUACUCAGCAGUACUCACUCAAAUUGAGAGAGGACCGACUUUACUCACUCAAUCGAGUUAACUGAGUGAGUGAAUGAGUCAUCUCGCAUCUCCAGCUGCACCCACCAUUUCCAUUUCCAUUUCAUUGGUCCUGAUACCCUUUUGCUCAAAAGUGGUGAUUCCCUCCUGAUCAUCACUUCGUGGGUUGCUGCAGAACUCCUUUCAGGUAGAAACGUUUCUUUUCCCUUUGUUUUGUCUGUUCUUCAAUGUGGGUUUGUUGUGAUGAUGAAGGCUUUAAUGCAUAAAGAUUCAAUCUUUUCUUAUUGUUUUCUGUUUCUGAAGAGGAAGUGAUGAGGAGGGUUUAUGCUGUACUGUACUAUCCCUUCCCCUUUUGAAGGUGGGAAAUGGAUUCUGUUUCUAUCCGGGCAUUUGUGGUUGUUUUUUCUUUUGGCUGAUUUGUGUGUGGCUUUUGGUAGAUGCUUGUGUUGGGACCUGCAUUUUUUUGCCAUUUGAAGCCAAGUCUGUCUGACUGUCUGGUUUUUGGGUAGUGAAUGCUGCAUUUCUUCUUGAUGAUUAUGAGAUGAUGACUCUGUUUAUGUCACCCAUGUUCUGAUUGCUUAUUUUGGAAAACAGAUUGUAGGUUCUUUUGGAGUAAAAUCUGAAGGUUGAAUCAGUCAUAUCUGUUAACUUUUACAGAAACAGCAAAGGGGAGACAGUGGGGGAAAGAAAGGUAAAAAAGAGGGGUUUGAGAUGUUUUUCUCUCUUGGGAGUAAUGAAAGCUGCUCUUCCCGUUUUUAGUUUUUUCUCCAUUUUUAACUGUUCCAUGGAUUCCAUUUUUAUCUGAUGUUGAUGUGUUUACUCUUUUCUUCAUAUAUAGAUAUAGGGUUUGGAUUAUCUGGCAUGGUUGUUUCUGAAAUGAAAAGGUUGAUUGGUUUGGGUCUGUGUUUUUCCAGCUCGCUUGUGUGACAUUCUCUUAUGUCAGACAAUCUAUAUUGUUGUUAGCUGUGUUGUUUCAGAAACUUGAAUGAGUCAAUGCUUCCAUUGAAACAGGGUGGUCUGACAUUGGGUGACCUAAUCAGGCUGAUUUGGAAGCAUUUACAGCUGUAAUUGGCUUCUUCUAUAUCAAGACAGCUAUAACGGAUCGAAUUGGUAAUCCUAGUCGCAGGCUAUGAAGAAAAGGCGCGUGCACGAAUCAAGGCAUGUGUUCCAUGAAACGCCAUUUGAGGCCUUCUGCUGUGGCUCGUGGAGAGGUGUGAGGCAGAUUGAGAUUAGGGAUGGGGCUAUGAUCACACAUUAUGGAGAUCACCACCCGGGAGUUGAGGAGAAGGGUCCGUUGUCAAACCUUCGAAUAAGAUCUAGGCCAGCAACUGCAUCUGAUUGCAUUUGCUUCCUAAGGGCAGGUAUUGAUGUCUGUGUGCUUUCAUCUGCUCUACAAGAAGAAAGUCCAGCUGGAGAAACUAGAAAUCCGGUGUUGGUAGAUGCUAAAAUAAAAUCUAUAGAGAGGAAGCCACAUCACGAGUCUCAUUGUUCAUGCAAGUUCUCUGUCAAGCUCUAUGCAAACCAAGGUGUUCUUGGUCUGGAGAAAGCAAAACUUAGCAAAGAAACCGAUGAAGUAGGAAUUGACAAGAUCCAUGUCCUUCAAAAGCUCGAUAAAAGCCCUUGUGAGGGUCAAUUCUAUCGUUGGGAUUACUCGGAAGACUGUGUUGUAGCACAGAGAACUAAACUUUUUUUGGGGAAGUUCUCACAUGAGCUCACAUGGCUACUUGCAGCAUCUGUUCUCAAACAAAUUGCCUUCAUUGUGAGGUCAGUGCAAAGCAAAUUAGCUUACCAAACUUGGGCUGAUGAUGAGGAUAGCAAGACUUUGAAACCCGAUAUCCAACUGAAUUUCAUAAAUUUCAAGAUGGAGGACGACAUUUUGACACCCGUCGUUGUACAACACUGUCCUAAUUUUAGAGAUGAAGAAGCUGCUUCUUGUUCUUCAUUAGUAUUGGUGGUUCCUACUCCAGUUACUGAUGAAGCAAACUUGAAACUACGUCGAUCUGGCCGUAGAAGGUUUCAACCGGAGCGGUUCCUUGGUGGUGAUGUUGCUCCGGGAGAAGACCCGGGGUGGGUUAGACAGAUGCCAUACAAGACAGAUAAAUGGAAGGAUGAUGGUGAUGAUGAUAGUGAUUUGGAUGUGCCUCUAUCAGACCUUUUUGGUGCCCGUGGUGGAAAUGGUGGUAGAAAGCUGGCUAAAGGAGAAGUUCCUCAGCUUGAACUCUUGGAGGAUGAUAACAUGAAAAUAAAAAAGUUCAAGGUUGGUAAGUCAAAGAAAAGAGGCCGAAAGCCUCAACUUGCCAUCGUCCCGGUUCCCAUGCCUGCUCAAAAUGAUACAGUUACACCAGAAGAUGUUGAUGAUCAUGAACAACAUGAUUCUCCUCCUCCAAAUUCUCCUGAAAUUCUACCCAGAGAGCCCAAGGAUGAGGUCUCCUUCGGGUAUUAUGGUAAGAGAGGUACCUCAGGCUCCCAGAGGAAUAGUUUUGUUUCCUUCAGUUCGAGAAAGGCGAACUUCGAGCCUGAGGACAUGGUUUUCCAAAGUGGAUGGGGGCCAAAAUUUGCUGCUGCUAGUAAGAAAGCUUCUUCAAAUGGGAGAUCAUUCAGAUCUUUCAAGUCCAGGAGAGAUAAGUUUGGUGAGCGAAAGCCGUUCAAGAAGACUGCUUUAAGUGCUGGUGCAUACAACAAGCUUAUAAAUUCAUACAUGAAGAACAUUGAUUCUACUAUUUCAUCCAAAAGUGAGACCCAUAUCAUCGAUCAAUGGGAGCGAUUUAAAGCCAAAGGUGACCAGGGCCAUGCUAAGAACAUGGAUCAGUUUGAAGUAGAGGAUGAUGGUGAACUGUCAGAAACCGAGAUGCUGUGGAGAGAAAUGGAACUAUGCCUGGCAUCAGCUUAUCUUCUUGAUGAAGAUCAGGAUCAAGUUCCUAAAAAGAACGUCGAGAAGGAAGGUGACAGUAAUUGCCUCCAUGCAUACAAACUUGACGAGGAGAUUGGGAUCAUAUGCACUAUAUGUGGCUUUGUCAAGACCGAAAUGAAAUACGUUACACCUCCAUUUGCGGAAAAUGCUAGCUCGACUGCAGAAAGGAAACCAAAUGAUGGCAAUGACUCGGAUCCUAAGCCAGAAGGGGAAGAAGAGAUCAAACUGUUCACCACUGAUCACGAUACCUACAAGGAAGACGCGUCAUCAUCUGCACAGAAAGAGAACGUUUGGGCAUUAAUCCCUCACAUAAAAAACAAGCUGCAUUUGCACCAGAAGAGGGCAUUUGAAUUUCUGUGGAGAAACACUGCAGGCUCGACCAUCCCAGCCAAAAUGGUGAAAGCAUCAAAGAAAGUUGCUGGUUGUGUUGUGUCCCAUACACCAGGAGCUGGCAAGACAUUCCUCAUCAUAGCAUUCCUCUCAAGCUACCUUAAGUUGUUCCCAAACAAGAGACCGUUGGUCCUUGCUCCAAAGACAACUCUCUACACCUGGUACAAAGAGUUCAUCAAGUGGGAGAUCCCUAUCCCGGUACACCUCAUCCACGGGCGAAAGACUUACAGGCUGUCGCAGCAAGGUGCAGUUAAAUACACUGGAGGGCCAAAGCCGAGUCAGGACGUUAUGCAUAUCUUGGACUGCUUAGAGAAGAUUCAGAAGUGGCACGCACAGCCGAGUGUCCUUGUCAUGGGCUACACUUCAUUUCUCACUUUGAUGAGGGAAGAUUCCAAGUUUGCUCACAGGCAGUACAUGGCCAAAGUGUUGAGGGAAAGUCCAGGGCUACUCAUACUCGACGAAGGGCAUAAUCCUAGGAGCACCAAAUCCAGAUUGAGGAAGGUUUUGAUGAAGGUGCAAACCGAUCUUCGAAUACUUCUCUCUGGGACUCUAUUCCAGAACAAUUUCGUCGAGUACUUCAACACACUUUGCCUUGCUAGACCAAAGUUCAUUAGAGAAGUGUUGAGGAAGCUAGAUCCCAAGUACAAGGCAAAGAAAGGGCCUAAGAAAGCUCGACACCUACUGGAAGCUCGAGCGAGGAAGCUUUUCAUAGACAACAUUGCUAGCAAGAUUGAUUCAGGUGUGCCAGAAGAAAGAAUGGAAGGUCUGAAUGUGCUGAGAAAAAUGACGAAUCGUUUCAUUGAUGUUUAUGAAGGUGGGGCUUCUGAUGGCCUUCCUGGCUUGCAGAUUUAUACUAUACUGAUGAACUCCACAGAUAUACAGAAUGAGAUUCUGAACAAGCUGCAUGACAUUAUGGCUACCUACAAUGGUUACCCAUUGGAGCUAGAGCUCAUGAUCACGCUUGCUUCAAUCCACCCUUGGUUAGUUAAAACAUCGAACUGUGUCCACAAGUUCUUCGACAUGCCUGAACAGAUGGAGCUCGAGAAGCUGAAGUUCGACUUCAAGAAAGGGUCGAAGAUCAUGUUCGUUCUGAAUCUCGUCUACAGGAUAGUGAAGAAGGAGAAAGCCUUGAUCUUUUGCCACAACAUUGCACCCAUUAAUCUACUCACCGAGCUGUUCGAGAACAUCUUUGGCUGGCAGAGAGGCAGAGAGAUCAUGAUUCUCACAGGAGAUCUUGAGCUGUUCGAGAGAGGCAGAAUCAUCGACAAGUUUGAGGAGCCAGGUGGACAUUCCAAGAUUCUGCUUGCCUCCAUCACAGCUUGUGCUGAAGGAAUCAGCCUGACAGCGGCUUCGAGAGUGAUACUGAUGGACUCCGAGUGGAAUCCUAGCAAGACGAAGCAGGCCAUUGCUCGUGCUUUUCGUCCAGGUCAGCAGAAGGUGGUCUACGUGUAUCAGUUGCUCGCGACUGGGACUCUUGAAGAGGAUAAGUACAGGAGGACAACGUGGAAGGAGUGGGUUUCGUGCAUGAUAUUCAGCGAGGCAUUUGUCGAAGACCCCUCGCAGUGGCAGGCAGAGAAGAUCGAAGAUGAUGUGCUGAGGGAAAUGGUGGAGGAAGAUCGUGUGAAAUCGUUCCACAUGAUCAUGAAGAACGAAAAGGCUUCAACGGGUUAAGAUUAAAAAACAGUCUAAGCUAGCUUCACCUCAACUAACUGGUGAGUUGAAGUAACUUACUCCCAUGCCUUUCCAUUAGUUAGUUUCUUGUGUUGCAGGAUAUGGGGACUAACUAUAUGCUUUUGUAUCAUGUUCAACUUUAGAAUGGUGCAAAAUGGGGCAAAAGCAAAUAGCAUUGUGACAUGAGGCACCAUAACCCUGCAAGUAAAUCAAAAGUGCAGCUGUAUACCCAUAAUGUUCACAUGUUCAUUCAAUGAAUAUCUUGAAGGAGGAAAGAGGAAGCUAUAGUUACAAGGACAAGUCAGGAGACGGAUACCCGCAAAAGAAGAACAAUGACCUUUCGUGUUCCAACUGUCUGCAAAAAUUUCUCUUCUUUGAUUCAUUCUUGGACAUUCCUAAUGUGUUCAUAAUGGAGCAGUUUUCAGUUUAUGAACCGUGAUAGUUCCCCAGGUAGACAACUUGGCUCUGCCUUUGAGAUUCUAUGAAAAUAAUGGCCUGGCAUUUGCUUUUCUCUUUACUUCUGUCAUCUGGUUUUCGGCCUUUCGUCACUUUAAAAGGUGUGAAAUAAUGGGGAUGGAACAAGUGGUGGUAUCAACAUGCACAUGUUGGGCAGAGUUUCAGAUAUGCGAUGCGACGGUGUCAGUCUAAUCCGAUCUUUGUACUGUUGGCGGAGACCUUCACUUUUUCUAUUCCCGUCUCUCUCACCUGCAGCUUCUGCAAGCAAGCUACGAUAUCUGUCUGGGUUUUUUUUAAAGGAAUAGUUUGGGAUGAUAAAAGAUGGAAGUUUUUAUCUAAACAAUCACCCAAGCAAACGGCCUGGGUUCCUGUGCUUAAGCCCAAAAGCUUAAGCAUAUGCUUAAACUAAUCCUAUUGGUUGUUAGUAGAUUGAGUGGUUAAUUAGUAGUUAUUAGUUGAUAAUUGGUUAAGGGUAUUGAGGUAAAUUGUGUAUUUUAUUUAUUUAAAAUUUAACAUAUUUUCAUAAUUAAAUAAAAACUAAACGUAAACCCUAAAACCAACCAUAGAGCUGCUGGUUAGGUUUUUAUUUUUUAAAUUCGUCUUCUUCCCAGCCGUGUUCGAUGAGACCACUUCCGGCCACGGCCAGCGCAGCCAGCCACCGUCGUCUCCUUCCUUAUUGCCACUGGCGUUCCUCUUUCCCCCAACACAAACGAUAGGUAAUCCUUGUCGGGGAAAAAGCUGCAAACCCUUUGGUUGUCGUCUUACUUACGAUUGCACGUUUCUCGUUUAUUAUAAUCGCCGGGAAAAAGAUGUCGGAGUUGACGUUGUGGUUUCAGGUACCCGCCGCACGGAAAGAUGGCAUGGCGACCUUUUUACUUUGAACUUGGUCGUUUGUCAUCGUUGAACCUUGUCUUCGCUGGUCUUCAUUGUCCUUUUUUCUUCUUACGCAGCCAGGAACCGUCAUCGCCGGCGUGAAGGUAUGUUACUGUUUUGUUUUUUUGGUUUCAAUGGGUUUUUUUUACGAUGCCAGCAACGGUCAUCACCGGCCCACGGGUAGGUAUGUUCUUGUGCUAUUAAUAAAUCCCCAUUUAAUUG